AUGGCCAGAUAUACUAUCGAGGAACUAUUGCAACUAAAACCAAGCGAAACCUUGACUGCAAAUUUUCCUGCAGAAGAGUUCAGAGCUAUUAUUGAAAAAGUUUCACAAGUGCAAGCCUUGAGGGAAGAAGAGUUUGCGGCACAUCAUGUGGGUCAUUUCAACCGUAGAAGGUCUUCUCAUCACCAUGGCAAGCCAAAGAUCAAGCACACAAAACCAAAGGUGACCACAGAUUCCGACGGCUGGUGCACAUUUGAGGGUAAGAAGAAAGGUAGCGGUGAUGAGGAGGAAGAAGAGAUAUUCAAGGAGACUGUAUCCACACCUAUUGCACAAGAGACUCUGAAAAUCAAGCCAAAUAACAAAAACAUUUCCUCUUCAAGGCCAGCAGACACAACAGAUUUAGUUACUGAUAAACCAACAUUGAGUUUCAAUGCCUUUGCUGCAUUGGAGAGUGAUGAGGGCGAGGAAGAAUAA